AGCCGGCGGGCAGUGCUGGAGUAGCAAGAGCGCUGUGCGGGCAGAGCGAGCGGCGUGUCGUACUGGGGGGUCGGAGGGAGCCUUGCUCGGGCGAUGCAUAUCGCCACGUCCCCGGAGUCCAGGAAAUAGGAGAGCCUGGCCGAAAGCGGAGGCGCUUCCCUCGCCUCGGAGCCGCGCUCGUUCGCCCAAGGAGCUGGCAUUCAGGGCAAAAGGCUGCAGCACCAGUUGCAACACGCCGAGCCUCCCCGGUGGCAAGCCGAGCAGCGGUGGGGAAGAGGAGGUAGGGGACAAGGCGCGGGGCGCUCGCUGCCCCUGGACUCGGCCAUGUCGUCCGCGGCGGUGGCGGUGGCCGCUGCCUCCCGCAGGCAGUCCUGUUACUUGUGCGAUCUACCUCGCAUGCCCUGGGCCAUGAUCUGGGAUUUCACCGAGCCCGUCUGCAGAGGCUGCGUCAACUACGAAGGGGCCGACCGUGUGGAGUUCGUCAUCGACACGGCUCGGCAGCUCAAGCGGGCGCACAGCUUCCAGGAAGGCCGGGCUCCGCCACCUCCGCACACCAAGCAACAACCUCCGCCGCUUAGCGCCAAAGACCUGCACUCGGCGGCGGUGGCCACGGCCGAGGCGGCAUCCCGCGCUCCACCGCAGCCCCACGAGCGCUACUCUCUGGCUGCAGCGCUGGCGUCCUCCGAGCGGCCGCCUCCCCGCCUGGGACCCGAGUACGGCGGGAGCAGGCAGGUCAACGGCAUCCUCGUCCCCAACGGUUUCUCCAAGCCCGAGGAGCCGCCCGAACUGAAUCGUCAGAGUCCCAACCCGCGCCGGACUCACGCCGUGGCCCCCACUUUGGUGCCCCUCAUGAACGGAGCCUCCCUGCCAGCCUCCAUCAGCAUCAGCAGCCGGGCGGCGGCGGCUGCAGCAGCCUCCUUGGCGGCUAUCUCCGGAGCGCCGCCAACCCCGCUGCAGGUCUCGGUCUCCCAGGCGCAGCAGAGCCAGCAGCAGCCCGGGGAAGGGGGUGGGCACAAGCGGCCCGGCUCGGUGUCUUCCUCCUCGUCUGGGGGCGGCGGCGGUGGCGGCGGCGGUGCCAGCGACCAGGAGGGCAAGGAAAAGGGGCAGCCACAAGCGGCGCGGGGUUCGGCGGACCCUCUGGACCCACUCGGCGUGGAGAGCAAAGCCCGGGGGGCAGCGGCGGGCUCGGAGCAAGAGUGGUUGGGCAAACCCAAGACCGUGCGUGAUACCCUGCUGGCUUUGCAGCACAGCGGCCAUGCGGCGCCCUUCGAGAGCAAGUUCAAGAAGGAGCCCGGCAUGGCGGGAGGGAGGCUCUUGGGCUACGAUAGCAACGGGGCUGCGGCCAAAUCAGGGGCUCGGGCUGCGAGGAAGAGAAAGACUUCUCCAGAACCCGAAGGUGAAGUUGGACCUCCAAAAAUCAAUGGCGAGGCACAGUCAUGGUUACCCACCUCAUCAGAAGGGAUGAAAAUACCAAUGGCAGCUGCAUCUUUCAUGUCCCCACCGCCACCAACUGCUUCGCCUCAUUCAAAUCGGACCACACCACCGGAGGCAGUUCAGAAUGGUCAGUCCCCUAUGGCUGCGCUCAUUUUGGUUGCAGACAACGCUGGGGGCAACCAUGCUUCCAAAGAUGCCAACCAGGUUCACUCCACCACCAGGAGGAAUAGCAGUAGCCCCCCUUCUCCAUCCCCUAUGAACCAAAGAAGGCUGGCCAGGGAAGUGCCGAGCCAAGGGGCAAAUCCUGGAGGGAUGGAACCAGUGCACCCUGUCAGCCUCCCAGACUCUUCUCUGGCAGCAAGUGUCCCCCUCUGCUGCACCCUGUGUCACGAGCGAUUGGAAGACACCCACUUUGUGCAGUGUCCCUCAGUUCCGUCUCAUAAGUUUUGCUUCCCUUGCUCUAGACAGAGCAUCAAACAGCAAGGAGCUAAUGGCGAAGUGUAUUGUCCCAGUGGGGAGAAGUGCCCCCUAGUGGGAUCCAAUGUCCCUUGGGCCUUCAUGCAAGGGGAGAUUGCAACCAUUCUUGCAGGAGAUGUCAAAGUGAAAAAAGAGAGAGACUCAUGACUUUUCCAGUUUUUCUUUGCAACGUCAAAAACGGCUUGAACUGUAUAUACCUAUAAAUACUAUAAAUAUCUAUAUAUAUAUUAUAUAUAUAUAUAUAUAUCCAAGACAAGGGAAAUGUAGACUUCAUAAAACAUGGCUGUAUAAUUUUGAUUUCUUUUUUGAAUACAUUGUGUUUCUAUAUUUUUUGAAGACAAAGGUAUGUACUUAUAAAUGCUCUUUUUUGUUGUUGUUAUAGCAACUAUUUGUUGUGCUUCCUUGGUGACAGUUACUGUUCAGUGUAGGCUGUGACUUGCGCUGCUUUUUUUAGAGAGCACUUGGCAAACCAGAAAUGCUUCUAGCUGUAAAUUGUAUGCACUUGGUUUCUCCCCCCCCCCCACUUUUUUAAAAAAAUGCCAAAUACAUCUUUCAACAUUGUAAAGAUUGCCUUAUUGUCUGUGGUUCCUUUUUUCCCCCUUUUCUUUUUUGCCCUUAUUCAUAUUGAAGGCAUUUUAGGUUUUAGAGAAAUUAUGGCAUUAAAGAGAUCAUAGGAUUCCAGCAAGGUUGCUAUUCAGUCCAGUCCAAAGACCUGAAGCAAUAGGGGUUUGUGUGGAAACAUUAUUCCUUCGCUGCUGCUGCAAAAACUGGCCAGAUUCUUACAGUAAUUUUUGCUUGUAGAAGGAAAUUGUUUUUAGACUAUUCAGCUUAAAGUGAGGUGCUAUUGUGAGGCUGAGGAGGGUUUUUUUUUUUUUUUGGGUUAAAGGCAAAAUAACCACAGUUGUAAUAGUUGGUAGUAAGAUUGCAAAACCGUUUUUGUCAUGAAUUGCUUAAGGUUCCUGCAGUUCUUUUGUGAUAAAUUUAAUUAUUGACUAGCCGUGCAUUAGAACAGAACAGCACUGCCAUCUUAACAAACUCACAACUUUUCAGCAACGAAUUGACCGUUGCUAUACCCUUCGUACUUGUAUGGAAAAACACUGAGGUAGGUUUUAAGGAUUUUUACAGUAGUGCAGAAGAACUUUCUUCUUAACACUGAAAUGUUUAGAACUGUUGCUAUUGUUAUUGUUGCUGAUGUCACCUAAUUGAGUAGAGCAAAAGCAGAGUGGUAAUGACAGCAGCAGAGAAGGUUUUGCUUGGCAUGUCUGCAUUGUCAGCAGAGAGAUUAACGGGGAUUUCUGUCUGAAAUUUCCUAAUCCAUGUGUUGGAGGCAAAACAACCAAAUCGUAUUUAAAGGAAACAACCUAGGAUUUAAAUCUUGAAUUUUUAUGCAGGCAUCCCAUGCCUUCUGGACUAACUUCAACCAUUAUUUUGCAUAGCUAGUAUUUUCAUCAUGCUUCUUUUUGCAUCAGAAGACAGACAUUUUAGACAAACAUCAACUGCUAGAAAUAGACAAGACUCAUUGUAGUGUUGCUGUGCUGUUCACUGUUGUGUUACCAACAUUGCUGUACAACCACUUGCAUUCAUUAUUGGUGACCACUUUAGCAUAUGGUCAUAAAUGAUUAUUUCAAACAACAGUUUGCCCCUCAUGUUGUUAGCACGUAACAAUAUAUUCUCUUUAGCUACAUUUAAUCAUUUUAUACUAUUGGGUCAGACUGUUUUUAGGUGUUCAUCUUCAGUCUUCUAUUUAAUGCUGGAUAGAUUUUGAUAGGGUCCUUUUUUAGUGGUCAACACAUUUGAAAACCUAACCUGCACAUGGGCAAUUCUUUUUUUAAAAAACAUCUUAAUAAGCACACCCACUAGCGUUGUGUUCCAUAUUACAGGUCAGUGUAAUAUUAAAUAACAAUUUUUGCAUGAUAAACCAAUAUUUGAAAUUAUAGAAAUACAUAUAGAUCAGACUGGUGUCUUAUGUAAACACGUUUAGAAAGUUUGAGAUGGGAAACGCACAUAUGUACAACUGUAAGGAUUCUUUGGAGCCACUAUAAUUGUGGAAAUAAGAAUGUAGGCACUUUAUUAAAAAUUGGAUUUCGAAUUAAUAGAGGAUAAGUUCUUAAGAAUCUUUUUGACAUAAUACCUCAUGUAUUAAACUAAUUUGUAUGAACAGUUUGCAUUUUUAUGUUAAAAAAAUACCCCUACUAAAAUUUUCAUUGUGACAUCUUGGCACGUAGUUCAGAUUUGAACUUCUUAAUCAAAGGAGGGAUGAAAGUUCAGAUUUGAGUUUCUUAAUCCGAGGUGGGAUGACAGUAACUUCUUUCUUCAAAAUGCUAUUCAAGCAUGACAGAUUAUGGAGAGGCAUUUCAUUAGUUACAGUCUUCCUACUGUAGCUCAGUAAUAUCACUGUAUGUUCUUUAAAGUAGUUCAAUGAGUGGGAUGUUUAAAGCUUGCCAUGAACACAGCUGGAGCAUAUUUCAAGACUUUUAUCUGUUCAGCCAGUUUCUUCCAAACCUCUGUUAAGGUAACAAGUUCUCAUAUAUUUUAUAAAUUUAUACUACAGAAAUGACAUAAAAUUGUGAUAUGAUUUUUUUUUAAAAAAAACACAUUUCUGUGACUUCAAUUGGCCUAAUGUAAUUUUGUUUGCUUUUUAAAAUCGGUUUCAGCAGAUAAGCAUAUAUCCACAUAUAUACAUAUACAUUGAUGCACACAAUAUGCUUCCCUGGCUACAAAUUUUUUUCAAAUGCUUUAGCUACAACAAUACUACAGUUACUAUCCAAUAAACAAAACAAAAAACUUGAUUCCAUUGCAGCUAAUGUGAACUUAAUUGCUUAUUUCAAUGGAGUCAGAUGUUGCACCCUUACAUUUUUUUCCAGUUUUUAAUGGUGAUUCUUUGUAUAGCAAUAAAGCAAAAUGUUGUUUAAUGGAGAGUGUGAUUGUCACAAUCUCACCUUCGUUAUACUUUUAAGUUACCAUUAUUAAAAUGCCACCUGCACUAUGCUUUCAUUGUUUAUAGUUGCUGAACUAACACAUUACUAUUUUUUCCUAUUUUUUUAAUCUUUUGCAUUAAAUAAAGUGAAAUCAGGCAUUUAAACACUUUCUGUGAAUGUAGUCCUUUUUUAUCAUUUUAUUUAAACAAAAAAUAAUCCUGCAGCUACUGACAUAACCUAGUAGCCAAAGCAACUUUUUUUUAGAUUACUUUCUUUAAUUAGGUGAUAGGGAAGAAUAGAACAAAAUGUCAUCAGAAAAUAUUUUUUCUUCUUAAUAAGGAGAACUCUUCCCUUUUAUCUCAAGGUGCACAGAAUCCAAGCAAUUGGGAAGGGGAAGGAAAACAUACAACUGGAUACUAGUUAUGGUAUAUUUGAGCUAAAUACACUAUGAAAUCAUACUUAGGAAAAGGUUUAUUUGUGGAGUUCUCCCAAUGGCUUUUUAUGGCAACAGGAUCCUGAGAAAUUUCUUCUGUACCCCAGCCAGAACUUCUCACUUUACUUCCAGGGAGAAUAGAUACAGUGUUCUGCUGACAUGAGAGGGAGCCAUUGAGGAGAGAUCUGAUGUUGCAGUUUUGUGGAAGCAUUUUUUGAGUUGAAGACAGAACACUCAUAUGAAUCAUAAAAAUGCUGCACUUACUAUAUUUAGGCAGAAGAAAGGUUCCUUGGACAUAAUCUUAAGUAAAUAUGUUUAGAAUUGAAAGAAACACUUCUAAAAAUGUUCACUACAGGGAAAAACAGUAGAAAACAUGCACCAAUGCAGCUUAGAUGUCCAGUCAAAAUACAGAGAAGGUGCUGUAGUUGAAAUUCUAAUGAUGUAUGCAUAAUGAGUCUUGAUCAGACUCGGUGCUGGAGAAGAAUUGGAGAUUAUAAUAUAUUUAUAUAAAUUUUACAAACAUUGCCAUUUCAAAGAUACAAUGCAAUGACUUACAUGGGGUUUUACAAGUUCAAUGCAAAGAUUUUAAGAGCGCUGCUCUUGCCAUUAGCUUAGUAGUGAAAAUUGUACUAUUAAAGCAAGGAUUUUACAAGGAUUACCAUUAAUAAAUAUAUUUAACCAAUGAGUUCAAUAGACCCACCAGAGCCAUUUUUUUUUGGAAUCAAGAUUAGUUGAAUGCUGAACUGAGCUAUAAAGGACUACACUAUCUAAUCAAUGCCAUUAAAAUUUGGCCCUUCAAUUUUGCUGAAAGUUUCCAGCUUAUGGAACAUAUACACAUUUGUAUUUGAGGAGAUGGGGUAGGAAUCAAAUUGUAAAAGUAAUGUAUAUAACCAGAUAGUGCAUUUAAUUAUAUUACACUAAUUUCUGCAAACUUUUUUACAUUUUUACAAACACAAAAACUCUAAAAUCACUCCCAUAUAUUGGAAAUAAGACAAAUUAAUCAGUGGAUUGAUUGGUUAUGAGGACAUCUAAUGUGAUCAUAAAAUGUAGUCAGUUAAAAGCAAUCUCUACUUUUGCUUAAGGAUCAUACUGGACUUAAAAAUGUUAAUAACUAUAAUGUACAUGAAACUAACAAGGUAAUUGGAUUUCUUAAAAACAUGGAAUGACCAAAGGGAAUUCUUCAUUUUACAUAAACAUAACUGAUUUUUA